CGAUCGUCUUAUCCUGCUUGCUAUCAUUGACAGAUCCAUCCAUACGAAAUGACAAUUCGAGACUCGAAUAUCUUGAUGAAACGAGCGAAUUUACGCGCACAUAUUUGCGAUUUGCCGAGAACAUCCGGCAGCAAUCUGCCGAAAUUACCCCCAAACGCGAGGUUCUACAGUCGGUGGAAACGAAAUCUUCAAAAAUUUGUUCUUGUUUCCACACGACAUCCUUUAACAGGUUUAAUUUUACGCAGCCAAACAGCUGUUGCUUUCGAAAAGAGAAGACACUCAAAAUCACCUUAUCGAUGGAUGAUUCAUCCAUGUAGUAUGUUAAGAUUCUACUGGGACACAGUAAUGACUGUGACGUUUUUAUAUAUUUUUAUAACAGUUCCACAUAUUAUGUGCUUCUACAGGAUCGGAAAGAGCAGCGGUCCUGAAUAUUGGAAUAUCGUGUAUCCAAUUUACGCCGUUUGUAUUAUUGACAUGUUCUUUAAUUUUAUUACUGGAUUUGUAUCUCCAGAUGGACAUGAGAUUUUUCUUGAUACUACUCUAAUAGCACGACGUUAUAUAAAAGGAUAUUUCUUCAUUGACUUUAUCAGCUCGAUACCAUAUGCAUGGUUUUACCCAACACUUAUCUUACCGCCUGGUCCAAAUUCAAAUUCUAUAUUACUUAUAAUUGAAUUCUUGCCUAUUUUAAAAUUGAUUCGCAUAUCUACAGUACGACGAAACGUUCAACACAUCAAUGCAAGUUUUAGGAUCUCUCAAGCUCAACAUAUAACAAUAUGGUUCAUUAUUUUGACAUUAUUAAUUUUUCAUUGGAAUAGCUGUAUAAGUUACGUUUUUCCAUAUAUCGUUAUGCAUGUACAAGAAAAAACUUUGGAAAAUUCAGAUGCAAAUUAUAUUCCGACAAAACUUCAUAAUAUAUCCGACUGGGAAGUUUAUUUAGUGUUUGUGCAUAUUGGCAUGAGUAAUUUUAUAGGUUCGAAUUUUAUAGAAUUCAAAAACUUUGAUAUUUUGGACACAAUAAUAAGAGGCAUAUUUCUUCUCUUGGGGAAAGGCUACAUAAUUUAUUUGAUUGUUACGAUUCUGCAACUCUUGGAAUCGUCUGUAAAACCAAAACUCAAAUAUCAACGAAUCGUACACGAAGUAAAAGAAUACAUUCAUCAGAAGAAGCUUCCGCUAUAUUUACAAAAGAAGCUGAUUUUCUAUUACAAGUAUCGCUACUAUGACUGUUUCUUCAAAGAGAAUGUUAUAUCUGAUAUUCUUUCGGGUCAUUUAAAUCAAGAAAUUCUAUUCCAUGGUAGUCAAAGACUGUUAGAUAUUAUGGUCCUUCGCAAUUUGCCCCGUAAUGUUCUUGGUGAUUUAAUAAAUUCACUGAAGCCAGUGAUAUAUCUCAAGGGAGAUGUAAUUUACAAAGCCAGUAUUGAAGGCGAAUAUAUGUAUUUUAUAGCUAGCGGAACCGUUGCACUGAUCACAUUCUCCGGGAAAGAAAUAUAUCAUCUUCACGAUGGUGAUCACUUUGGCGAAGCUGGCUUGAUUUAUCCGAAUCAACCCAGAGGAGAAUCAGUUAUCGCUUUAGAAGUGUGCGAGCUGCUUCGCUUGCAUCGUCGUGAUUUCAAACGCUUUUUUGCUGUAAAUUCGGAGUUUUAUAACAACUUAGAACAUAUCGUGUAUGAACGUUCGAAAAGAAUCAAGAAGCUGGAAGAACAGAACAUAAGUGAAACGACGAAGCAGUAGUUUUAUUCUCUUUAUACGACUGGAAUUCUAAUUCGGCAUUGGAAUACACUCGCGAUGUAAUAUGUGGUAAAGACCCGAGAAGAUUUGCGCCGCGUAGAUUGCCAGCGAAGCCGCUUCUUCCCAAAAAACUGUG